UCAGUUCGCCGCCGCUUAGUUUUUGGUUUACUCAACCUGGUAAAUUAUUUCUUUGUGCUCACUCAUCAUAGUUUAUUAGUCUGUUUAAUAACAAAUAAUCAAAGAAAUUUAAUUAAUCAUGCCUUUAAGGAACUUAUCAGAACAUAGUGUUCACACUGGCUCUGAUAAUUACUGGUGUUCUUUGAAGCGUCUAAAUUCAGUGGUGUCAAGAAUCGGAACAGAUCAAUCCGAUGAAUCAAUCAAAGAAUUGGAGCAGCUUUUACAGUGCCAUAAGCCCGAUCUGAUGUCACUUCUCGCCAAUGAGCCUCGUAAUCCUACUCAUCGUGAAGCAGUCCAAAAAUCUGCCAAAGAUGGAAUUACUUUCAUUCAAGAUGAUAAAAAGAAUACGCAAAUCAUCCCUGAAAAGGUCGUGAAUGAAGCCAUUCUGCUGUCAGAUAUGUUCGACCUGAAUGAGCUUAUAGCACUUGAACUGUUGAUCAUGGGUUCAGAACAUGAAACAAGAUACCCUGGUAUGACUCGAGGGCCAAUAGCUGUUUUAUUGUAUUAUGAUUCCAAACGAGUAUUAUUGUCUACUUUGAAAUUUUUGGUUGAUAUAAUUUCUGGAAGAACUUGGGCCUUCAUGUCAUCACAAAACGAUGAUAAUGCGCUCAAAUUUAUCGAAACAUUUGUUGGUGAACUCAAGAAUGGCAACAUCAUCCAAAAAUGUCUUGAAAAUUUAGAAAAAUUUGAUGUAAGCAGUGAGUACGACAAGCUUCUCAUCAACAAGGCUCUUGGACCUGGAAAGUAUAAGAAACAUGUUUACACCAUCAUAAAGGAUAUUAAACACCUUUAUGCUCAGAUCGUUUUUUCCUUUGCUGCUCAAUCAACUCUUAGUCAAGAUGAACUGAAGCAUCUUUUGAGAAUAAUCUCAGAGAAAUGUGAGCUAGAUUCGAAUGGCUGUUUGGAUGCUAUUGGGACAACUCUUCUUAUGUCGUUACUUUACGUAAUGGACACCUCUUUGUUGAGAACAUAUGAUGAAAAUGAUCCUGCCAUUUCAAAAACACUUGUCACCAAGCAUAAAACUCUCUUCGAUGAAAUACAUAAAUGUUUGGAAACAGCGAAAUUCAGUGUUGAAGGACUUCAAGUGAUUAUAAAAUUUGCCCUUCUCAUUGCCUACAAAACUUUAUCUCUUUUUCUGACUGAAGGCAUGACCGUUCUGGAAGGUGAAGAGGACAAAAUGUAUGAAGAUAUAAUAGAAAAGAAGCUUUUUGAAACAAUGACUAGACUUUUGGCUCAAAAUCCCCAUGUUUAUAAAGAACGUUAUUAUAUUGUCUGGCUACACAACGCAUUAUCUGAUUUCAUCGCACUAUUCCCUCUCAAAAUCAAAGAGCUUAGAGAUAAAGGCGAUGAAAGUGGUCGUAUUAUUGCUGUUCACAUGGCUGAGAACAUUCAACCUCCGCGAUAUUUAUCCCGAAAUUUGGAAAAGUUGCUUUAUCUCAUGGCUGAAGUUUACUCUCAUGAUAAUUUUGGAUUUUCUAGUGAGAUAUGGAAUACUUCACAGGAAGAGUCCAGAUUGCUUCCCAAAUAUAUUGCAUUCCGAAAAUUUAUCAGAUCCAUGGUUGAUUCAUCUUUACCUCAAGUGCUUCAUGUCCCAAUCCUCAACUUAUUUGCCUCAUUUGCUAAUACCUCGCCAUUUCAUGUUUAUAACCUUCUUAAACACCCUGGAAUAAAUCAAACGUCACUCUUCUCAUUGGACCAAUUUUUUUCUGUCCUUCAUAAUUAUCUUGGUGUACUUGGUUCCGAUAAAAAUAUGUCUUCUAAUAGCAAUUAUGGAUCAUCAGCUAGAUAUUUGGCUAGCUUUGGAACCGUUAAUCUUUCCCCACUUGAUCUAGAGAUUUUGUGCUCCAUUCUACACCUUUUAGAAAAUAUAGUUAAAAACGAUCGAAAUUGUUGUGUAUCAAUCGCUGAAAAUCAACGAUAUUCAUGUAUUCCAACUCUAGUUGGUCUUCUCAUGGGCCCUGUUCCCAGAAAAUUAAAAGCAGCAAUUUUAUCUUGUAUUGCUGGUUUUGCCAAUACCACCGCUUCUGUUGCAUUAACAAUUUGGAUAAAAAUGGACAUCAUACUUCCAAAAUCUCAAAUAGCCACUUCAACUUUUGCGAAUACUGGUCGUCAACUCAGUUGGCAGAGUGGAAUUGCAUUAGAAGUAGAAGAUAUUGAGCCAAGGAACGAAGAAUAUCCAAUUACUAUUGCUUUUCUAUCAGCAACUCACUCUUUAAUCAAGCAUGUUAGAUACAAUCGCCAGCCUGUUCACCAAUUUACUAUGUUUGACUGCACUGAAUUCAUCAUCAAUUCAAUUCUGUUGAAAUGUAAUCAUCGAUUUUACAAAGUACCUGAAGAGAAUUGGACAAUCAAGAGAAAUUCUCUUUACAUUCUGUGUGACAUAUUAGAAAUAUUUGAUCCAAUGAAAGAUGUCCCAGGUCUGAAAGCCGCGUUUUCUGUAAUGUGGCAAAUACUUCAAGAAAAUACUCUAUUCACUUGUAUUAUGGAGAUGAUUGAAGAUAUUGUUUACAUGUUUGGUCCAGAGUCUGGCGGAGGAGUAGAACCAGAUCAGAAUAAAAAUUUUGAUCUAUAUGAACAGUGUAUCCUUAACGGAUUAAAAUUAUUGAACCUUGUUGCCUUGAAAGAAGAUGAUUUCAUCAGAAACAUACACAAUCUUCCUGGAUAUCCUUCAGCCAUGCUUCUCACACUUGCUUCACUUUUUUCCAAUGUUAAUCAUCGAACUGGAAAUAUAGAUAGACUUGCCACCUUAAUUAAGGUAAUUUCACUUCCAUCAAUACCAGUUCAAAUUGAAAGUCUUCGAUUACUUCAAAAUCUAGUCCAAUCAGAUCAUCAAAUUUCAGAAAGAAUGCUACUGCAGAUCCAUCCAUUCAGUGAGCAUCAUGAAGAUUAUUUCAUUCACGGUUUUGUGGAUUGCCUGGAUGAUGACGGUGAAGAUGAAUUAUGUAUUGAAUGCUUAAAAUUCAUUUUAGCUUGCGCCAAAAGAGAUGCUCUUCCUGGAGUUUAUGGUUUCUCUCAUCGAAUUUUAGGAUUCGAUCGUAAUAAAAGCAAUUUACGUCUUCCUGGAACUUUGGGUCAAACUUUUAAUUCAUUCCAUGCGAUAAAAGGUCUUUUGGAUGAAGAGGACGGUAAUCCUAAAAAGAGAGCCCUUUGUAUGGAAAUAAUUUAUACUCUCUGUAAUGAUGCUGAAGUAUCUGAAAAUGUUCUUCGCUUUCUGCGUACAAGUUAUGAAUUGAUUGAUAAUCUUUUGGAUAAUCUACAACAACAACGAACAGCUAAACCCGGAAAAUGGUUAAACCGAAGAAAUGUUUCGGAGUUUGCUUGGUUUAUGAGGAUACUGGCCAUCGAAUUGAAAACUACUGCUGAAAAUAACUUGAAAUCUAAUAGAGAUUCGUAUAUUAAAAAGAUUCUUGGAGAACAAGGUGACAAGAAACUAGUUGAUCUUGUUACAGAUAUGAUUUUCAAACAUCAACAUCCAGAAAUGUCUCAAUGGGAAUUUUUUGAUUCUAAUGAACUCUGGAAAACCUUCUCUGAAUGCAGUUCUCCUCCUGAUAAUGUGGUCGAUAUAAAAAUUCUUCACCAAAAAUUGCUCUCUGAAGUUAAUAUGGUUGGAUUGCAACUUGGAGUUGUUCAAACUAACAUGAUCCAGAACGAAAUUCAAAUGAUUCUUCAAUAUGCCAUGGCACUCAAUGCCUCACAAGAGCAGCUCAAUUAUAAUAAUCUUUACUUUGAAGGCUGGAGAGAACUGGUUGAAACUGUAAUCUCCGUCAAGUGCCUGGAAAUUUAUCCCCAACCCGUUAAGCCUCGUAUUCUUAUGGAAAUACUACAAGAACUUUUAUCAAGAGUUAUUUCAUCUGAAACUGUAGCCACUUUAAUUACGCCAAUUUCAUCAGUCAUGUUACUUUCAUCUGCAGCGCUAACAACUAUCAAGACCGAAGCGGCCAUGAAUAAUCAAAUUGGUGGAGUUGCUCGAGGUAUUAUGAAUCUACUUGAAUCGACAACUUCAACAUCUUUAUGGAAUCAACACAAAAGAGCUAGAGUCAACUUUUACGCUACCUUAUUACACCUUUAUCGCCUUCUCCCAUCGGCCUUUCUUUAUGACCUCAAAAUUGGUUCUCGUCUAUUGAAAAAAUUAUGUAAAGACAUUUUAGCUGGUCAUGAAGUUACUAAAGUUCUUGCCAUGUCCAUUCUCAGUGAAAGUGAAUUAACUUGGGCUCGAGAUCUUUCAAAUGAUGGCACAUUGAAAUUACUUGUUGAUAGUUUAAUCAAUGAUGACAAAGAAAUUCUCGGCCAUAAAUUUGACGUCCAUUGUAAAGCUUUUUAUGCUUUUGACUCUAAAAUGGCUUUAUUGAUGAAAAUUUGUACUGACGCGACUGGAGUACGUAUCGUUACACAUGCUGGUGUUAUUGAAACUCUAUCAACUCUCGAAUCUUUUGAAAUGUUUCCUUUCCUUAUUAACCAGAGUGAUAUAUGUUACAAAAUGUUUGUUUCUGUUUUGCGGUUAAUGAUGAUACUAUGUACAACCAACGAUCGCCAAUCUUUCGAGAAUUUCUCGCAAUUUUUGAAUGCCCGUUCAUCCGUACUCUGUGAUAUAAUUCGAUUGGCACCUACUAUAAAAAACAGCUUCGAACGUACAACUAUCUUGACUUUGAUCACUGGAUUAUUAGCAAAACUUAUUCAUUUUGUUAACAAGCCACUUCAGCGAUCCUUCAUGUGUCUUUUAAAUAGUUAUCUAGGAGUUAUCGAUCCCAGUGAAAUUAAAAUAGUAACCAACAUUCUCAUAGGUUAUGUUAAACUUUGUUCUCACAACGAAUUGACCACCAUUUUAUCUCCAACUUGGAAUUAUCGUAUAUCGUUUGCUAAUGUUGAUCCACCAACUUUAGGCUCGCUGGUUCUAAUUAUCGAUGAGAAUGUUGAAAAAUGCCCGAGCUCUAAAGAACUUGUCCCGAUGAUAGAAGCUUGUCUCUAUUUAGUCUGGCAACAUCUUAACCUUUUCUUCAACACAUUGGAAGUUAGCCCAGAACAGCGAGUUGAAGUGAACAAACUGAAAGCGGAAUCGGCUGGAAUCGCGACAGAUUUAUUUUUCUCAAAAAUUCAAAACUCUAUUAAGGAUAACAAUUUCGUUGAUGUGAUGAUACGUAGGAUUAAAAGAGUUAUUAAUUUGAAAUAGUAAUCAUUUAUGUCCAUCAAAGUCACGUCAUCAAUUUCAUCGUUUUUUCAUCAUGUUUUACCACCAAUCCAUAAUUUUUGUCAACAAAGUAUAAUGAGCAAUCAUUUCAAAUAAAUUGGGUUUACUUUAACCUUUAAACAUUAAAAUU